UUGGGGUCACAUGUUUCUAAACAACCAAAGGAAAAACACCAUAGCCACAUGAGUUUGAUGCUACCUACUAAGAACAAUGCCAGCCAUCAUGAUUUAACAUGUCUUAAAAUGGAAGCUAUAUAACUCAACCAUUUCCUAAUUCCAAAACUCAUCCGAUCCAACCAAAACCCACUAAAUUUCUUGCAUAUUUAUAAUACUCUCCCCAAAUUUCCUUCAAUUCUAACACAAUACAACAUGAUCAGCACAAAGAAGCUUAUUAAACUCGCCAAAAAGUGGCGAAGGAUAGCAGCUGCCAAUAGGAAGAGGAUCUCAUGGCCUCGACAACUGGCCAAUGAGGGUCACUUUAUUGUUUACACAACUGAUGGAGGACGGUUUAUGAUUCCUUUGGCUUUUCUCAAGAGCGAAAUAUUCAUUGAGCUUCUCAAAAUAGCGGAGGAAGAGUUUGGAUUAGAACAAUCUGGGCCAAUUACACUACCUUGUGAUUCGAAUUUCAUGGAGUAUGUACUCUCCAUGGUCAAAAGAGGUCCGAUUGUGAACUUGGAGAAAGCACUAAUUAUGUCUUUACCUAGUUGUAGAUACUCAUCGUUUUCACAAGAAGAUCAAGAACAUAUUAGUCAACAAGUAUUAAUUUCCAGUUUCUAGC